UUAACAAUGUAAACCGUUAAAACUGCGAAAAGUAGCUGGUAAUUAGUUGAAACAGUUAACUAGAGAAGUAAAGAACAAAAACAAAUAGUUAGUUAAAUGGUAUAACCUAUAGCUUCAAAAUGUACCAAACCAAACUAACAUUUAUUUCAAUUGCAUAAGAAUACUCCAACCAUAUCCAGUAAAUAUAAUGAUUUGGGAACAUCUGAUCAUUUUUAACACCACAACAAUUGUUUACAUGAUAGUAUUUUUCCAGAGUAAAUAUAAACAAUGGUAGCCUAUGUUGUGAUCUAGCUGUGUUUGGUCAAGACGUUUCAUAAUUCCAUGAGAAAUAGGCUAUGAGAGGGCAAGACGUUAAAUAAAUUAAAUAUCAUUAUCAGUGCAGUUCAAACAAAUCAUGUUGACUAUAAUUGAGUAAGGCCUGAGGGCAAAGAUCAUUAAAAGUUAAAUAUUCUAUGGCCUUUUGGGUAUUGUAGUGCAUUGUCUUGGCAGUUAGAUGUAGUCAGAGUCAUUUCAUUCAUUCAUAUUGACACCAUCCUUGCUUAUAGGAAACAAUGUGACGAAAAUAUCAACUCUAAGUAGUUAAUAUUUGAAUAAAACAGUUUUCGUCUCAGUAACCACAGUAACGGCGGUCUACUGACUACAUGUCCCACAAUGCACCAGGUGUAAACUGGCAAAGUGUUGUCUGGUGCUGGGGCGGACGUGUUUGACAGUUAUUCAAAAAUGGGGCCCGAAGUCUAUAAGACUGGCUGCUUCUGAGUCAAAUCCGGUCUGAAAGUGACCCCUGCAAAUGCAUAUAAUACUAUAUUGUUUUUUUGUUUUUCCAACGUGUUAAUAAGCGGAAAAAAACAAAUGAAUGAACACGUGAAGGAGCAGAAAGCAGGCAGUUUAAAAGCGGGCAACGAACCUAGCUGACCGAAGAAUCUGUAAAUGAGGUCCGAAGAAGAAUGAAUCAGGAGUGAGUCAUCUUCUAUCAAAACGAUCUUUGACGCUUAGCUAAAUUGCUAAAGCUAAGGACCGACAGGCGGACCACACCGACCGGGCAACACGUCCCUCUCUCCGGUAUGAUGCCCGGCGACAGCAGCAUGGCCUCCAUCGUGCAGAGAAUCGCCCGGCAAGCUCUCAUUACCUUCCGAAGCCCGCCUCGGUUUGGAGACGAGCCCGCUAAAUCCUUCCUGGAGAACCAGAACAAACUAAGGAGCCUGAUGACGGAAAUACGAGCCUCGGAUCUGCAGCUCGUCCCGCGGAGAUCCGACGACAUUCCCUCGGGGCUUCCGUACCACGACCCCCCGGUCACCUACAUGCACAUCUGCGAGACUGACCAGUUCAGCAUGGGGGUGUUUCUGCUGAAAAAUGGAGCUUCCAUACCUCUGCACGACCACCCGGGGAUGCACGGCAUGCUGAAAGUCAUGUAUGGAAAGGUCAGAAUCAGUUGUUUUGACAGGUUGGAGCAGACCGACGCGCCCCCUCCUGCAACCCCGCAUCAGGUGGGCUCUCUGCGGCGUUCCCUGCUCCGAUCCACCGCUGAAUUCACGGAGGAAAGUGAGCCAUGCGUGCUCUCUCCGGACCGGGACAACCUGCACCAGAUCGACGCUGUGGACGGACCCACUGCGUUCAUGGACAUCCUGGCCCCUCCGUACGACCCGGACGAGGAUAGGGACUGUCAUUAUUAUAAGGUUCUUGCAGAAGGGGAGGUAAACACAUCAGAAAAGGACAAGGAGGUUUGGCUCAUGGAGAUCUCACAGCCUCCGGAUUUCUGGUGCGGAGGGGAGCCGUAUCCAGGCCCGGAGGUUUGCCUUUGAGCCUGCCGUAAAACGUCUCCUUUUCUCGGGCUGCACUUGGCACAAGGCCGGGAAUUUAUUUUUGGACAAUGGGCUAUAAAUGAAGGGUCACUGUAAAUCAUUACUGAAGCCAUCACAUGCAUAAAGAGGGUCUGAAUUUAGCUGUGCAGAUGUGAUGGUCCUGCAACUGUUGGUCGACUAAUCACCAGCUAAUUUAAUAGUCGAUUAAAAGUCAUUUUUCAUGCAAAUGUGUCAGAAAAUGCUGUUUCAUGACCCUCAAAUAAUAUAAUCCUAUAGUGGAUAUCUGUUGGUUUUGGACCAGACAUUUCAAGACACUUUGGACUUUAAGAAAUCUGGGAUGGACACUUCUCUGGGCACUUAGAGCAAACACCUAAUAGUGAAAUAAUCAGCACUGCAGCAAACAAUAAGGUGAAAUCCUUGUUAUGUUUUGCUCACAUCGCUGCCAAACAAGUGAUAUAUAUAUAACUCAAGUUUACAUUUCACUUGAACAAAAAUAUAUUGGAGUCCCAAGGCAAGUUUGUACUGAGAUCCCAACAUUUCUCAAUCUCUAUUAAGGGUCAAAUCAGCUGAAUGAGUUAUUUUACAGUGUUUCACUUCGAACAAAUUUCAGAUCAUUCAGAAAGACAUGAAAUCUGAUUUGAGUGUCAAGCAUUGGUCCUUCCGUUUUGUAGUAUCAAAUAUGUCACGUUGGAGAAGACAUUUCAGUGUACUGGUGAUAUCAGCAGGAUUUCUGCUUUGCCACUGAACACUUUAAAUGUUUCAUCUCAUGCAUUUCUGCCUUUAUUUGGUGGGUUCGGUUUAAUUAAAGGAGGUGUCAUUGUGUAAUCCACUGUAAAAGCAUAUCAUCAAUCAGGUGACUGGUUUGAAAUCUGAAAAGCACCAAAAUUGGAGCUGUAAAUGAGCUUAAAAUAAGACCCUGUAAGGUAUUUUUUUGCAAAAGAGAUGCCAAGAAAUGAUGAGAUUGAUGCAGGGUGCUAAUGCUGCGUUCAAGAAUAAUCAGAAAGGCUGAGUUUGCUUCUGACUUCUGAAUCUGAAGCGUAUCUUUUUAAGAACACAACAUGUCAGCUUUCAGUAAUGCAUGUGCAGUUAUACAAACAGUUGCUGUGAGUUGCAUGUGUUCACGCUGCAGAACUGAUUAUGAAUAAUAUACUUGAUCCAGACUUCUGGCUGCACUUGAAUGCAGCAUUCAAAACAACCUGAGCUGAGAAUCCUCUGAGGAAAUGUCCCCGAACGUCAGAAACAUGUUUGUGUUUUAUCAUUCUUCCUGCUUCUGGAUUUGUGGCGUUUUGUUCUGCUUUUUGAAGAAUGAAAAAUGUCUCAAACUCUAGGGUUUAUUCUUGUGUUUAGGACUUUAAAAACUACAGACAUUUCUCUUCUUUUUUUUUCUGGGAAAGGUUUGAUCCUCAGGAGUGUUUGUGAUUUGUUUCACUGGCUGACAUUGUUUGUUUGCAAGAUGUGCACUAAAUGAAGUGUCCCUCUUUUACCACAUAUGGAAGGAAAGGUUUUCAAUAUUUGUCUCGAAUGUCAAAUAAGGUAAAUAAAAAAAGGGUUUGAAUUCCAGCUUGAAGGAAAUCAGAGGGGCAAGGCGAAUUUGUGAGUUUGGGUUUCUUAUAAAAUAUGAAGUGCUAGCUUAGGAUAAAAAUAAAUAAAACUUAAGUAACAACAUGGUCCAUUGUUUAUUCAAAGAUGUACAAUUUAAAAUAAUGCUUAACCUGAAGCUAUAGUGAGAGAAAAGCACUAAACCUCUCAGAACGUGCUGCAAACUUGUGAUUUGAUCUCAGAGGACAAGACUGAUGUGUUGUAUCACAUGACUGAAAGAUAAACAGGUCUAAUAAUGAGCAGAAAGUCUGUUAAAGUCUCAAAUCUGAUCAUGUUUAAUGCCGUAUUCGAUAUAUUUUGCCUGUAAUUAAAGUUUUCUGUUCAUUCAUAUAAAAUAUGCUGUUUAUUUUGCCUAAACAUGUCUGAUUUAUUUGCUUCAGAAUGUGAUUAGAAGAACUAAAGUGUUCAGAAAGCAACUUGUUUCCCAUUUUUGUGCAAACAGGUUUUGGAGUAGAUCUUCGGGGACAUUUCUCUCAAACAUGGCACGUGAAAAUCUUCUUAAUCAGCUUAAAUUGUUUUUACUUUCAAUAAAAUGUCAUAUUUCC